CAGAUGGAGGAGGAGGAGGAGGGAGAGAGAGUUACACGGAGUGAGUGGAAAAAGAAAAAGUCCGUGGAAAGAGAGGGAGAAAAGUGGAUCGGGCAUUUCUGCCUCCUCGUUUGUUUUGAUUCUGUCGGCUUCGCCUCGUGUUUCAGCUAGAAGGCUUGAAUAUGCAACUUCGCAGCGUAUAUAAAGUAAUCAGGAGUUCAGCGCGGACACGGUGCUCCUCCAUCGGCACGACGCGCUCCGAUAUCUGACCGAAAAAGAGCGAGUCUGUCCGGCCACAAGGCAGCGACGAGCGUCCUCCACGCUGGGGAGGAAAAACAGCACGAAAACUCCAAACAAACCGGGGGAGGACGAGUGAAGGGGCUGGAUUUGAGGAGGAAAAGUUUACAGAGGAGUUUUGUGCGCGAUCCCGAGCUCACCGAGAGGAAGAAGUUCAUUUCAUCUCUCUCUCUCUCUCUCUCUCUCUCUCUCUCUCUCUCUCGCUCUCUUUCUCAGUUAGCACGACUGCUAACGAAGCGGCUAGACUCUCCAGCAUGAAGACCCCGGGCGACACGGCACUAAAGUGUCUUGUUGCUAGGAGAUGGUGUGGGAGCCAGGGACACAACGCACGAGAGAGAGAAAAAGGGUUUGCCUUCCCAGACUGGGCCUACAAGCCGGAGUCGAGUCCUGGUUCCAGACAGAUCCAGCUCUGGCACUUCAUCCUGGAGCUGCUGCGGAAGGAGGAGUACCACGAUGUCAUCGCCUGGCAAGGGGAUUACGGCGAAUUCGUCAUCAAAGACCCGGACGAGGUGGCACGACUGUGGGGCGCCCGCAAGUGCAAGCCCCAGAUGAAUUAUGACAAGCUCAGCCGAGCGCUCAGAUACUACUACAACAAAAGGAUCUUGCACAAGACCAAAGGGAAGAGAUUCACUUACAAGUUUAACUUCAACAAGCUGGUGCUGGUCAACUAUCCGUUCAUUGACAUGGGCUCUGCAGGUCCUGGUGUUCCACAAAGUGCACCGCCUGUCCCAUCAGGGGUAAGCACUCAUUUCCGCUUCCCUCCAUCCACGCCAUCGGACAUCCUCUCUCCUAGCGAGGAACUGCGCAGUCCUGGUGUCUUCAGUGCUGUGCCUCGACGCAUAGCUCGUGGCUCCGUCUCCGACUGCAGCGAUGGCACCUCUACCAACUCGGAGCUUGAAGAAACUGGCAUAGCUCCCGGUGACGACCGCACGGCCGACCGUGCCUUCAGAAACCUGCUCCAUCCGCGCUUAUCCCACGAUUCCUUGUUCCGUGUCUACGGUGCACCGCCCAACCCGACUGGGCUCCACAGGAGUGGGCCCCAUGCGCCCCCACACAGGAUGCACCCUGAACCCUUGUCUCCAUUCCCAGUGUCCCCUCUCCCAGGCACUGGAGGCUUGCUGGCUCCUGCUCUUUCUCCAGCUCUCUCCAUGACCCCUACAUCUCACAUGCCCUACACACCUUCUCCAUCCCUGUCUCCCAUGCUGGGCUCCCACUUCUCGUUCAAUCCAGAAGACAUGAAGCGUUACCUGCAAGCUCACACUCAGAGUGUCUACAACUAUCAUCUGAGUCCCCGUGCGUUCUUGCACUAUCCCAACAUCAUCAUCCCCCAGCCCCAGCGUCCAGACAAGGGACUGGGAGCAUCAGCAGGUGUAGGUCCACACCUGUCAAGUCACCCUCUGCACCAUCAGGUUGAGGAGCCUCAUCUAUCUCCGUUCAAGUUCAAGUUACAGCCACCACCACUGGGUCGCAAACAGAGAGAAGGGCCAAACCCGGCCGGAGCAGGACAUGCUCCAAAUUCUGGAAGCGCUGCUGCUUCCUUCUCUUACAGCAGGGAGCCUGGUGCAGCCUCAAACUCCGCUUCAUCUGGAAUGAUGACUAACAACUCAACCCCAGCUGGUCCACCAAAGAUCAAGGUUGAGCCCAUCUCAGACAUGGAGUCAGAGGAAGAAGUCGAGGUCACCGACAUCAGCGAGGAGGAGCAUGAAGAUGACGAAUGUGAUGUCUUUUCCCCUCCUCACCCCAAUGGUGGCCUCGCCCCUCCACCCAACCACGAUCGCAUGACUGAUGAUGAUGAUCUCGAGGAAGACGUCUUCAAGACCCCAGCUGCACCUACCUCAGGGGUUGGGGUAAAUCUUUUAGGUCUUAAAGCAGAACCCCGAGAACUAAACCUGGGCCAGGGCGCUCCCAUUAGCCCCGGGGGCACACGCUGCAUCCCUCUGAAGCUGCGUUUUAAACGCCGCUGGAGUGAGGACCAGCGAAUGGAGGCGGGAACCGAAGAGGCUGAGGACAAGAAGAGCAGGGCAGAGAGGGAGGAACUUAACCAGGAGGUGGAGGCUAAACUGGGGGAGGAAAAUGGAGAGCGGAAGAGUCCGGAGACUUUGGCUGCACACCUGGGGACGGGCCAGAGGAGGGUGAGCUCUGAGCUGCAGCGAGCGACAGCACAGCUGUCUUUAGAAAAUGACCUUUGCUGAAGAAGACGUGGUCAGACACAUAAACUUACCAACACAGAGCUGUCCUCCUUAAGGGCUGAAGGCAACUGUUGCUCUCAGAAGUUACGUGAAGACCAUCCAUUCAGCAUGUUCGGAUGCCCAAACCAUCUUUUAAACUUCCGUACAUGCAGGUUCACUCACUUCAAAAUAUUGCAACACUAAAAAUUAUUAAUACUGACAUCUUUUUUUAUGCAUUUAAGUACCAACGCCCCUUUCCCAAGCUUAGCCAGAGCCCCUUGCUUACCGAACCCAUUCCUUUUUGUUUGCUGUGUAAGACUAACAUCACCCCACUAGUAUUCUUGGACACUUGGACACUUUUUUCCCCCUAAGAAGCUCUCCGUUAGGAUUUAGGGAUCAACCCAAUACAAUUUUUUGUAAAUCAAGAGAUUACAGAAGUGCCUAAACUGGACGUUGAUGCACCCCUGUAAAAUAUGGGUAAAGAUGAUCUUUUUUUUUUUUUUUUGUCUUGUCAUUCAUGCCCAUGAAAUUUAGUCACAUGGUCACAGGCAAGUGGACAUAGUCUUAUUUAAACAGACACUCUUGGAUGAAGUGAAAAAUGCAGGAAGGAUGCUGGCUCCAUCUAAAACUCAAUCAUAGUUCUCAGACUUUGCGAUUACAGAUGCUCUUUAAUUUUUUUGCAUACCAAGACUCAAGUCCCAGACUUUUUGCAGAACCAGCUUGCCUUUCUCUCUCAAACCAGGCUCUUCAUGACACUGCCUUCAGAACCAUUAACGCUAGCGUGCUAUCAGCCUUCACUGCCGGCUCCGGACACUGACUUUCCUAUCUGUUCAGCAAGCUCAGCCAGCUGACGGGACCACUCAACAACCUCUUUAACGUAUCUUAACACAUGUAUAUACAUUGGGGGAUUCGUUUUAUAUAUGUUAGUGCGUCUUCAUGACCACCAGCUGGAUGACAAGUUAUAGAUCACAUACGAUUAUUCCUCCACCAACUUUAUUUUUCUUUUUUAUAAUGCAGUUUUAACCCUGAGGGAACGUUGGGGCAACGUAUGAGAGGGCGCUUCAUGGUUUUAGCUUCGUAAUCAUCCCUAAAACCACUUAAACAAUCCUGUACACCCUGCUGUUUUGUAAAGGAUGCAAAUCUUCAUGGUUUGUUGGCGGUAAAUCUCAGGCAUACCACCCCACACCCCUUUCCUCCAUCCAACAGGUUGUCUCAGAACAUAAAGCCUUCAAAUAAACAAACAUUUGUGCCUUUUUACAGAAGUCUGACCGCCCAGUGCUUUUCAAUGGGUUGCUUUAUCGACACGUACCAACUCACACACAGGAGAGGCCUUAGAAACAUGACCUCAAACACUGCUUUUAUGCCUUGUUUAGUUUUGUACCUUAAAAGAAACUAUCCUAAAAAAAAAAGAUUUGCAUUUAGAGUCCAUAUAUUCUCACUUUAUUGCACGAUAGUCGUAUAUAUUUGAUAAAAGAACAAACGCUGGUUUUGAUACAAAUUAUAUUUCAGAAGGUAAAUCUAUAUGGUAACUCCGUUUAGUUUCAGGGCCCUACAGUGCUUUACUGUGAAAGAAAAGUGUUGUUAUAGACAAAGUUAAACAUAACUGACCAGUCGUUGAGAACCCUGAAUGGCACAGCUGUCCUUGGCCUUGUAAGGUCUACGUAUAGUUUUAACUCGACCCGUCGCAUCCGCGUUCUCCGUCGCAGUCUCUCUGCAGUGUUUUAGUUGUAGGAGGCUGUUCUUUAUCUACGAUGAUCAAGACUGAACAGGUAACACAUGCUAUUUGGCUUCGGCCAGCUCCAUUUGUAGCAAAAUGCAAGGACUUCGUAGUCAAUGACGUCCUCGAGAAAGGGACCUCACUUCACCGAACUGACAACUAGAAGAUGGACAUUCAGCCUCUUAGCCCUCAUCUAAGGAGGAAGUAUAGGACCUGACACACUUAACACUCAUUUUUCCCCAUCUUUUUACUUCUUUGGAGUUUGUUUGGCGGCCUUACACCGGUUCAGUAUCUGUAUUUUAACUGACAGCUGCCUUAUUUGUUAAAAAAUACUUUUUUGUUUUCCUUUUGCUCUCUAUUCAAUAUAAACAAUGCUGUUUUAUUAUACCUUUUUUGUUUAUAUUACCAUUUAUCAUUUUUUUAAUGUUGAUAUUAUUGCUGGUAUUUUGUUUGUACCCCUUACCUGGAUUUUAACCUGUCAAGAUGAACAUUUUAAUAAAGCGUAUUCCUCUAGCCUCUUUGAUACCAUGAUAUAAACAUGCUCUGGCUCUGUAUUAUUGCUGGUUUUUAAGUUGUUAUUAAGAAAACCAGGUGAAGAGGGAGGGUGACAUUAUGCUGUCACAUUUUAAUUUUAAUCUUUUUUUUUUUGGUUGUGUACAUAUAUAAAUAUAUAUUUUCCAUUUUGAGGGGAUGAUGUAAGAAAAAGACAAUUAUUUCUUUAUUGUGUUCAAGGUCUUUCUACUUUUGCUUCUUUCUUAAAGCUUUCCAUCUGUCUCUCAACGGUUAUGUAAUACUUUGUAAAGAGAGACAAAACUUGACGUUACAAGGAACCAUGUAUACUUUAGUUUCUCAUGUGGUUUCUUUUGCUCUUGUAAUUAAAAGUGUAAUCAGGGUUCAUUAAAACAGGUAAAAACGGA